GCCGGUACCCAGCGCGAAAAAACACAUCUGUACCGCGCUCCGCGACCGCAAAUCCCGUUAAAUAUACAAAAAUUCAUAUAAAAAAUUCGCAAAUACGUAUAAUAAAAUCGAUUCGGUACGUUAAAUAGUUCGUUUUUGUGCGACUUUUGUGCUGGGAACCAUAUUUCCAGCGGCACAUGGUAGUGAGGCCCGUGAUCCACCGGGCGUAGAGCUUGCCCCCCCGUCCCGCACCGCCCCCGAGGCUGCCACCAGAUGAUCGGCUCAUUCUGGAACCUGUGCCGUGCGUGCCCUUCCAUGCCUGUCGAUAAGCUUCACUCGGAGUACCGCAGCACGUACAGAUGGCACGAGUACAAAGAACAGCAACAGCAGCAGCAGGGCGUCGUCAAGCAGCCCGCGCCCACGCCGCCAUCAGCACUGUCCAUUACCAGGGGUCCGAUGGAGCCGGCGAUACCUCGUCGCAAGAAGUACCCCGGCGUGGCGUACAAGACCAACGAGAUAUUCGAUCCCGCGCCCGCCGACGACAUCCGACCCCAUCCCAACUCCGCCUACGGACGAGCUAGGAGCGUUCAAAGGGAUGACGUGGACCGAGCAGCGCGGCGCAGCAAGUCCGAGGGACCACGUCAGCCACGCUGGACUGACACCGUCGAAUCCAAGGCUACAACAGCGUUGGGCGAGGUGCUGGCGGUCAAGGAGCCCGAGGUGGCUGUGUGCACGGAGUACCGCAACCAGUUCGCCUGGCCCAAGGACUCGGAUACACCACGCAAGAGCAUCUCUAUGGGCGCUCUCAAGAAAGCCGCAGUGGCUGAAGGAUCAGUUGAAGCUGAACCACUGAUGAACCACGUGGACGGCGACCAUGAUGACCACAGAGAAAAACGAUACAUCGAAGAUUAUUUGUGGAACGGCCAAAAGCCCGGAGUCCAAAGAAAAUCGACGUUCCGUAGCGCGCUAUCGGCCCUCAUAUACAACGGGGAGGAUCGUUCCAAAGAUAAUAGGAAACGUUACAAAAGCGAGUACAAAAAGAAAUUUAGACCGUUCUCUCAGUACGUGUACGAGGCAUCUAAAGGGACGUUUACGAAAUGCAGGGGGAAAGGGAAGUCGAAUGAGGAAGCGAGCGAGAGGUUGCCCGGGGCGGGGGCUGGGGCGGGGGCGCGUGGGGCCGCGGGCAGCGCGGCGCUGAACGCCGCCGCCGCCGAGGACAGCGCCAGCACGCUGCGCGCCGCCGGCCUGCAGCCGCUCGGCCUCGCGCAGGGCGAUUCCUGGUACCGCGAGGUGCUGGACCUGCGCAAGAGAGCCGGAGAGUACAAGUAUCGCGGCUGGGGAACAGAACUAGCUCCUGAACACAUCACUCAGCUUUACAAUAAGCAAAUCGAGCUCUGGUACCAAGUCUCCCGCCGGUCCUCGCUGUCUGCCCUAUCACUAGCUUCCACCAGUCACAAGGUUCUCCCUCGCGAUGAGAAAGACGGCAAGGAAUCUAGGAACCAUUCUCCUAAGAAGUUCAGGUCGUUCCGUUCAGCGCCGCACCAGUCUAUUCACGCUAAACUGCAAGAGACCAAGGCCCUGGAGAGGUCUCCUCACAAGACAUCGCCCCAGAAGCAGCGCAAGAAACUCCAGGGGCAUAGCUUCGACGAAGGUGCUACUCAAGAAGGCGCUAAGACGGAGUCGUUCAGGUCGCCACGCCGGCGGCCGCGCUCCGCCGACCCUGCGCCCGUCGCCCGCGCUCCGCACUACGAGCCGCGCCCGCACAAGCCACAAGGUUUGCCGUUGGGUAGUAAUAGAGUUAGGUCGACAUCGAGGGGUGGAAGGUCGCCCUCGGCGCCAAGCAAAACUGGGGCUGUGACAGUAAAUGGGACAAAUGGGGCAAUUGAGACACCUAGCCGGGGACGGCGCAGUCGCAGCAUUUCGAAAGUGGGCAUUAAAUUGGAUGAUGAGAUUCCCGCUCACCGUAGCGCGUCCGUCGCUAAGGAUCAUUUCUUCGACGACUCCCCCGUGGUCAAGUCACCACCAGAGCCGACCAGGGUUAAGUCUCCGGAGCAGCUGAACAUGCGGUCUCCCGAUCCGGUCAACUGGACCGUGCCUCUUGACACCGGCAAGACGUUCACCGUCACACAAAACGUCAAAAGCGAUGAGAGCGUAAAGCGCCCUAGCUCUGAGUUUAAAGCUGGCUCCGUGGCCGAAGAGGUUCCAUCCGUGAAGCCGGCAGGUACGACGAACAUCGCCACCGCCUAGACCAUCGGCCAUACACGUUUUAAUGAGUGUGACAAACGACAGUGCGACACUGAACUCUAACACGUUGACUUAAAGUUGAUAUUUAGAAUUCACUGUCGCGCACGACACACGAUCGACACCAGAUUAUAUUAAUGUGUUUUAUAUUAUAUCUAUUGAAUAGUUCAUGAUUAAAUUGUGUUAAUCCAAUAAUUGA